GGACUAAGGAGGACUUUUCUCACUGGAAGCUUACAGUUGUAUUUAAUUAACUUAGCUCACCAGCCUCAUUUCAGCGUGGAAAAUUUUGUCGUUUUUCUUUCGAUAUAAAACAGACGAAUAGACGGUAAAUUGAGCAUCGUGCCUUUUCUGGUGGAGUACAGCUGUGGAGAUGUGUUGGAGAUUCUACCUGGCUGCCGUGCUAUCAGUUGACAGCUGUCACCGAAAGUAGCCCCGGUUAGCUUGACGAGCUAAAAGCUAACAAGUUUCUGGUUUUAGUCUCUAUUUUUUCUGUUUUCUCUGGCUUAUUCAGGCAGCCAGGGCUGUAGUCCGUCCAGAGUUUAAAGUGGCGAAUGUUGUGCCUUAUUAUUUUAUCAGCCUGCUCUUAUUUGGGAAGAACAAUGAACAUUUAGCCUUAGCUCAUUCAAUUAUUCAGCAUCUACUGACACGUUAGCGUUCGACCGCAGCCACUAUCGAGGACUGCUAUUAUCUCACCGCACUCACUCUGACUGUGCUACUACGUUUCGGAAUUAUCUGUACUUGUUAACAUUGGGGAAAUGAAGAAGUUUUUUGAUUCUCGACGGGAGCUGGUGAGUUCUGGGCCUGGUUCUGUAGCCGGUGGAGGGAGCGUAGGUUCCGGCGGCAGCUUCAUCGGACGAGUCUUUACUGUUGGAAGAUAUCAAGUCACCAUCGAGGAAGUUGUCGCUGAAGGAGGUUUUGCCAUUGUUUUUCUGGUACGAACUCACCAAGGGCUCCGUUGUGCUCUGAAAAGAAUGUAUGUCAACAACGAAUACGAUCUACAGAUCUGCAAACUUGAAAUCCAUAUUAUGAGAGACCUUGUGGACCACAAAAACAUAGUUGGUUUCCUGGACUCCAGCAUAACUGCAGUUGGAGCUGGUGAUGUUUGGGAAGUCCUAAUAUUAAUGGACUUUUGUCGAGGUGGGCAGGUAGUUAAUCUAAUGAACCAACGGCUACAGACCGGAUUCACAGAACCAGAGGUGUUACAGAUUUUUUGUGACACAUGUGAGGCUGUUUCUCGUCUCCACCAGUGCAAGACUCCAAUCAUCCAUCGAGAUCUCAAGGUGGAAAACAUUCUUCUCCAUGACCGGGGGCACUAUGUGCUCUGUGACUUUGGAAGUGCUACCAACCGCUUCCAAAACCCUCAGACAGACGGAGUGGGAGCCGUGGAGGAGGAAAUCAAAAAAUACACUACUUUGUCAUAUCGUGCUCCAGAGAUGGUCAACCUCUAUGGUGGCAAGGUCAUCACAACAAAGGCAGACAUUUGGGCCAUGGGUUGUCUACUCUAUAAACUAUGCUAUUUCACACUUCCUUUUGGGGAGAGCCAAGUUGCUAUCUGUGAUGGCAGUUUUACUAUACCAGACAACUCCCGCUAUUCCCAGGACAUGCACUGUCUUAUCAGAUACAUGCUGGAACCUGACCCAGAUACAAGACCAGACAUAUAUCAAGUAUCCUACUUUGCCUUUAAACUUGCCCGAAGAGAGAGUCCAGUCCCAAAUGUAAAUAAUUCAGCUCUUCCAGCAAAACUCCCAGAGCCUGUAAGGGCUAGUGAAGCAGUGGCCAAAAAGAGUCAAACCAAAGCCAGGCUUACAAGACCCCGUUCCUCGACAACAGAAACCUCAAUUGCACCACGGCAGCGGCCCAAGGCUGGCCAGGCACAGCCUCAGCCAAUAUCAGGAAUCCUAUCAAUCCAAUCAGCUCUUACGCCACGCAAGAGGCCAAACAUGCCCCCUGGAGCAUCUCAAGCCAUAGCCGCCGGACUAAGGUGCAGCGUGCAGUUCCCCUCAGCAGUCUCCUGCUGCACCCCAGCCAGUGCAGACUGCCAGCAUGCAGCAACAGACCGUCUCACAACAUCAGCAUGUCCUCGUGAAGCAGCAACAAACUUUGUCCUUCUUAUGCCCACAGCAGACAAUCCAACAGCUACAGAUUGCUGGCCAUGGGAUUCAAAAGUUGGCUCCUUGACUCCCCCCUCAUCACCAAAGAUGGCCACUAAGAGUGGUCACAGACGCAUCUUGAGCGAUGUCACUCACAGUGCUGUGUUUGGAGUUCCAGUCAGCAAGUCCACCCAGCUGUUUCUGGCAGCUGCAGCAGAAGCCAGCCUCAACAAGUCCAAGUCAGCCAGCACUACUCCUUCUGGCUCCCCGUCUUCCUCCCAGCAGACUGUGUAUCAUCCCCGUGAAGGUGACCCUCCAUCAGCUGCUGUUGAAAAGAACAGCCAGCCCAGCUGGAAUCCUUUUGGAGAUGAUAACUUCUCUAAACUCACAGCAGAAGAGCUGCUCAACCAAAAACUUUGCAAAGUUUUGCAACAUGCAGCAGACACACAAGGAGAGAAGAUGUCAGGCUCCAAUGACGAUCUGCUUCCAGGGUUCCAUGGUUCUUCAGAUGACAGAUCUGAUGACAUCUUGAGGGCAGGUUCAACAUUGACAAGUGUCCCAGAGCCUUUUAAUGCCCUCUACCUCUCUGACACACCAGAGAAGCUAAUUGAGGGACUGAAGUCCCCUGAAACUUCUCUGCACCUUCCUGACCUCUUAACCCUGGCUGACCCCUUCGGCACUUCUACAGAGAGCUUUGCCAAUGCAAAGGCAGAGACUGGUGUGGAUUCACUGAUUCCUGGUUUGGAACCUCCGCAUGCCCUUCCACUUUCAUGCCAGCCAGAGCUCAUUUCUACCAGCAUACCAGGCUCUGUCACUGGGGACGACUCUCUGCUGGGCUGUGAUCUGUUAUCUCAUUCUCCUACUCAUGGAAACCAGUCUGUUUGUUCUGUUCUCCCUUCCUCCUCCUGUUCUGCUGCUCCUUCUGGCUCCAACUCUGGAUCUUGUCUGGAGGAGAAGUCAACUGGCCAGGUGGCUUUUGACUCUUCUUUCCUCAUGUUGUCUGGAGAUAAGUGCAAUGACGUCAACUUCGAUCCUAUUCCUGUGCUCAUCUCCAAAAACACAAAUCAAGAACUACAAGAAGAAAAUAAUGGCUACUCUGUGCUUGGCGAAGAGGAAGAGACUGAAUUUCCAGAUGGAGAUACUCUAACUAAUGAGGGAUGUUUGCACUCUAGUGAUGAAGAUGAACUGAAAGGCCAUACAGACAAACUGCAGGGUGGGGGCGCCAUUGAGAGUGAUGUUGUUCCUCAUGAUUACAGUGGCUCCAAACCUCUGUUGGUAGAUUCUGAUGAAGAAGAACAAGGACCUCAGUUCGCUGGCCAAACAUCAUUAAACUCCAGCACAUUACAAGCAAAACCAUCUAGUGUCUCCCAUCAGCCAAGCACCGUUGCCCAAAAUCACUCCCAGCAUGUGCACAAGUCAACAAAAGGGAUAGAUGUCUCUGGUGAUGUUUUCUCAAAAGCCCCAUUUCGGAUUGUGCAUGAAGACUCGGACGACGUUUUUGCUAAUGCUCCAUUUUCACAUGCGCCACCUACAGCUCAGCAACCGCUGGACGUGUUCCUGCAGGCUCCCUUUGGAAAACGAAAAGAGCCAACAGCUGCUCAGGUUAAACCCUCAUACAAUCAUGCACCUGUCGUCCAUCUUGUAAACCCAGAACAUGGGGCCUUGGGACAAGUUGCCUCACAACCAUUCCGCCCGCAAGCUCUAGCCAAAUAUUCCAGACACUUUGAGGGACCUUUGCCUCAGCAGCCUGUCGCAGCUCAUCGAAUAGUGUCUAAUGUGAGCAUGCAAGCUGCUGUGGGAUCCAUCCCUGUUGGACCUCUUCACUCUUGGACCUCUGAAGUGAGCACUGUAGACCCAUUUGUCUCCGCACCUUUUCACCUCAAAGCACCCCCAGAAAAGCCCUGAGAGCACAUUUGCCUUGUUUGCACCAGCAUGGUGUUAGUGCUGGUGCACAACCAGUGUGCAGCCCGACUCUUGUAAGAACCAAUCUGUAUUUCCACAAGUCUGAAGGAAGAUGAUGAUGUCAACUGGACAGGCACAGCCCAAAUAUAAAGCUGCAGUAUGUAGUAUUUAAGUGUGUUCAUGAGCAGAAAUACUGUAUAACAUUCAUAACAUCUGUUCAUCCAUCCAUCCAUCCAUUUUCUUCCGCUUUAUCCGGAGUCGGGUCGCGGGGGCAGCAGCUCAAGCAAAGCCGCCCAGACCUAAAAAUGAAAUCUGUGGUUUUUCUCUUAUACACCAUUAUAGUCUCCUGUUUGCUGGAGCAGGCUAAUAAGUUUGACCACCCUUAUUUUUCUGAAAUUGGUAAUCGUUCCUGUUACUACAAGAGAAGGCAAGUGAGCAUGAAUUUCCAUCACCAAAGAAGUGAAAAUAUGAAAGAAAACAAAAAUGUGACCAGCAACAGCAUAAUGCAGUCUGAAACCUCACCACGAGGUGACGCAUAUCCUACACACUGUAGCUUUAAGUACAUUUAGUGUAUUUACAUACAUUUUUGUUUUUGUUUUUUUUUGCCAUGGAGGGUGCACCAACUAUGGCAUUGUUUUGGUUACAUUCUAUUGUAAAAUUAGAUGCUUGAAUGCUGUUAGUCACUACUAUCAGUUACUGCAAAACACUUCAUGUUCUGUCCUGGAUGAUGACAUCACUGUUCCCAGGCUUCCGGCCAGCAAAUUUCUUGAACUGAAUCAAGUGGGAGGUUGUGGCGCAUUAGUGAAUUUUGUGGUGGAAACUGCCCAAUCUUUCGCAUGUUGGCUAUAACACUAGCACCGCUCCAGGAGGAGGUGGUGGCAAAAGUCAGGGCGGUGAGUAUCUGUCUGUAAAUUUUGCAAAGUGUACCAGGCAUACUGCAUAGUGUCACCAGCGCUGCAGCUGGAUUGCAGACAUGCAUGGAUCGCAUACUUAAGUAGCUGCAAAUUAACUUCAUAGUUACAAGAUUGUCAUUAUAGUAGACACACUCUUGUAAAGUGGGGGUGGGUAAUAGUCCUGACUCCUUUUUGCUUUAGAAUUUUGCUUCCUACCUCGGUCUCUGAAACAACAUUUGGUGAGGAAUGUAACGGCUCUACAGCUUUGUUCAUUUUAUUUGCUAAACAUUUUAGCAUUACUGCCAAACCCUGUACUCGUUUCAGGCAUCAUUUCACUGCCUUUUUUUCUGCCAUGUAGAGUCAGUUAUUAGAGAUUUUGCCCGGGCUGUCAGGUUUUUGUGAUGGCAUGUUCCAGAAGAAUUGGGCAGCGCAGUCUCGUUUAAGGGCGGGCGCUAAGGGGUUAAAACAUAAUGCAAUAAUCCUACAUCCAGGUACAGCUGUCUCUGAGAUUUUGUGCAAAUUACACAGCAAAGAAAGUGAAAAUGCAAAAGAAAAAGUGACGAUGUGGUGUAAAGUGGACAUGUGCUACCGUUUAUGAUCCGGAGCACAAACGUGUCGAGGCGGUUGUGCAGGCGAGAGAACACAGCUACUCUGGUUAGCUGUGUAGGCUAACACUUACCGACAUGACCUCUCCCUUUUGCCUCGUCUUCCCUUCUCCACUGGGAACUGAAAAAAACUGCACUUUUCUCAGUGAUUGCAGCCGAAAACAUAACAGUACAUCAUUUUUCCAUGUGAAGUUGUGAAUGUAAAAGUGAUUGAGGUACCAUUUUAGUGAGAACUUGAAUGGUGAUUGAUUGCAUUCGUGAUUUUACUUGUAUUUCCGUAGCCAAGUAUUUUAUGGUUCUGUUCCAUUAUGCUUUUUCAAAAUCACGGGCACUUUGUGGUUCCUGCCUUUGCACUUUGAACAGAGGGGAACUCACAUUCAUCAACCAAAUGUGUACAUAAUCUAUUCUUCUUUUGCAAUGCAAAUCAUGCAUUUGUGUGUGUGUGUCAUUGUAGGAAUACUUACUUUUUACAUACAUGAAAGGUUGCACAUAGUGACACUGACUCUACGAAUGCAUUUUGGUUGUAAAACGUGGCUGUAUGGUUUGUUUUUCUGAAGAAAUCCAGAUUAUUCGACUGCUGUUACUGUUGAACAGAAUCAAAAUAUACUGAUUAAAUCUUCA